AUGCGGCUCGGGGGACCCCCCCGCAGCCCCCGCUCGGCACAGAGACCUGAGGGGGCCCGGAGUUGUCGAGCCCACGUGCAGUUUGGCAAGUGCCCCCAGCGCCCAGCAAGCCGCACUAGAUGCCCCUCUCCCAGGCCCUCCGCGUCUUCGGCCGUUCGUGGCUACGCUCGGCAGAGGCGCCUCUGGCCCGCAUCCCUGCCCCCUUGUGGGGGCAGUCUCAAGAGGAGCCCUCGACAGCGCGUCUCAGAAAGCCGAGGCUCCACCUCCUGCAGUCCCGCCACCUCUCCGGCUGCGAAAAACCGCUCCUCCCCAAAGGCCUCCCCAGAUCCCCAACCCCCAGUGGCCAGAGAGUCAGUGAUUAGGGGCGGGUCCCAGCCGGGCAAGGCGGACGCUUAUGAGAAGGUGCUUCCGGGUCAAAGCGUGUGCAAGAUGGCGGCGCCCAUGGAGCUAUUCUGCUGGUCAGGGGGUUGGGGACUGCCGUCGGUGGACCUGGAUAGUCUGGCAGUGCUGACCUAUACCAGAUUUACAGGUGCUCCACUGAGGGUACACAAGAUCAGCAAUCCUUGGCAGAGCCCGACAGGGACUCUGCCUGCCCUUCGAACUAGUGAUGGAGAGAUCAUCUCAGUACCACACAAGAUCAUCACCCAUCUUCGUAAAGAGAAGUAUAAUGCCGAUUAUGAUCUGUCAGCUCGGCAAGGAGCAGAUACCCUAGCCUUCAUGUCUCUGCUGGAGGAGAAACUGCUGCCUGUGCUAAUACAUACUUUUUGGAUAGAUGCCAAGAACUAUGUGGAAGUGACCCGAAAGUGGUAUGCAGAGGCUAUGCCCUUUCCCCUCAACUUCUUCCUGCCUGGCCGCAUGCAGCGCCGGUACAUGGAGCGUCUGCAACUGCUGUGUGGCGAGCACAAACCAGACAGCGAGGAAGAACUAGAGAAAGAGUUAUAUCAAGAGGCUCGGGAGUGCCUAACCCUUCUCUCCCAACGUCUGGGCUCUCAGAAAUUCUUCUUUGGAGAUGCCCCUGCAUCUCUGGACGCCUUUGUCUUUAGCCAUUUGGUCCUGCUGCUGCAGGCAAAGCUGCCCAGUGGAAAGCUGCAGGCCCACCUUCGGGGGCUGCACAACCUCUGUGUCUACUGUACCCACAUCCUUAGCCUCUACUUUCCCCGGGAUGGAGCCGAGGUACCACCUCCAUGCCAGACACCAGCAUGCCCUGAGACUGAGGAGGAGCCAUACCGGCGCAGGAACCAGAUUCUGUCUGUGCUGGCAGGGCUGGCAGCCAUGGUGGGCUAUGCCCUGCUCAGUGGCAUUGUCUCUAUCCAGCGGGCAACUCCCACUCGGGCCUCAGGCACCCGGUCCUUGGGCAUGGCUGAGGAGGAUGAAGAAGAAUGAUGUGUUCAUGUUCUCAGGACUUGUUUUUCUACUGUCAUGCAUUCCACAUGCCUCUUUGUCUCCCCAUUGUUGGAGCAGCCAAAAAUGGGGUGCUAUCCCCAGAAUAAAGCUGUUUACACUAA